UGACACAGAAAAAAGUAAUUAAUUCAAGUCAAAAUUAUCGGUUCGUUCAAAAAUUUGGCAACAAACUCCGUCAUCCGUCUGCCUUCAUAGUAAUUGUAUAUAGUCUUUGGUUUUAUUUUUAUUAAUAAAGUUUAUACGAAAUAGAGAUUCUAUCUAGGUCAUGUCAAGUGCAGGCUCGCAUCCGUUUGGUUAUGGUCCAAGUGCCAAUAACAGUUUAAGUAUGGGUACUUUAAAUCUUCAGCAACAGCAAAGAAGUUUAAGUGGUCAACAAUUUUCUUCCAGGACAGGUGGAAAUGGUACUCAUGUUCAAGGUCAUGUAACACCUACAAGUUCUGGGAUUCCCAGUUAUUCACCAUGUCUUCCUAAUAGUAUGCCUCCUCAACAACCUUCUCCAAAUAGUCGAAGUAUGCUUAUGAGUUCUCGACCGCUACCAAGUCAGAGGUCUAUAACGUCUCAAGAAAUGAAGAGAAUAGUAGGAAUUGGAGGUCCUUUGGGAGGAAGUAUUCCUACAUCAGAAGAUGCUUUUAAUAAAAGGGAUAGGAAUUCUAUGUUUAAUGUAAGUUCCAUUGCAGCUAUGACAGGACGGACGGGUUUCUCUCAAAGUAACCGAGGCUUUCCCCUGCAAGGUUUAAUGAAUAAUAGCAUGCAGUCAAAUAUUAUUUCCACGAGUCCAGCUUUAGACUUAUCCGAAUUCCCCUCUCUGACAAACCGAAGUACACAAGAGAAUUCCAAUGCAAGUAUGUCGCACAAUCCGAUGGCCGGACGACCUCCUUAUGUUGGAAUGGUUAAACAACCAACAAAUGAAUCCAACGAAUUUCAAAUACAUAGUGAAGACUUCCCUGCACUGCCAGGAUCACAAACUCAAGAAAAUAAUCAGGAAAAUGUAAAUAAAUCAGCAUCAGGGAGAUGUUUAGGAGAACCCUCAAAAGAUUCUAAUCAUUUUACAAACGACAAAUCUAAUUCUACUCAGAAACGAGGAAUUCAAACAUCUAAGGAUGGUCGAGUAACAAACAUUCCGCCAGGUAUGGUAACAGACCAGUUUGGCAUGGUGGGACUGUUGACAUUUAUUCGAGCAGCUGAAUCUGAUCCCAAACUUGUUUCUCUAGCCUUAGGGAGUGAUUUAACGACCUUGGGACUGAAUCUCAAUACAACUGAAAAUCUGUAUCCAAGUUUUGCUGGUCCUUGGGCAGAGCAUCCGUGUAGGCCACAAGACAUAGUGGGUUUUUUUCCAGACUAUCAUGUUCCAUCCGAAUAUUUGGUAAAUCAAAAUAUUCGAGAUAAACUGGCACCGGUGAAGUUAAAUCGAUACGGUGAAGAUCUAUUAUUUUAUCUGUUUUACAUGUUCAGUGGGGAUGUCUUACAACUAGCGGCUGCAGCGGAACUGUAUAAUCGAGACUGGCGAUUCCACAAGGAUGAUAGAGUAUGGAUCACCCGAGUUCCUGGUAUGAAUCCAACAGAAAAGUGUCAGUCUUUUGAGAGAGGGAUGUAUUAUUUUUUCGAUGCAGAUAAUUGGCGGAAGGUGGCAAAAGAAUUCCACUUAGACUAUGAAAGACUGGAGGAGAGACCAAAUGUCCCCCCUGCAGUGUCCACCCUCGCACCCUCUCAGACAGUGAUGACGUAGAACUUUUUUAAUCUUGUCAUUAGUACAAAAACAAUAGGUUCAACAUUUGAGUCAGCGAAAUGUUACAGAAAUUUACUUACUCAUUUUGUGCUCUAUUCUUUUGUACCUCAUUGCUUGCAGCACAUGGAUCGCUUGUAUGCGGGGUGAUGCAAUUGCGGAUGAGAUUUCGAUACUUUAAUAUUGGUGAAUACUCUUUGCAAUUCUUUGUUAUAAAAAAUAAAUUCUAUGUACUAUAGUACUGCAUAUAGAUUAUGCAUCCAUAUUUUGCUUUAUAUUAUGAAUUAUAUCUUGUUGAUUGCUCUAUUUAAUUUUAUGAUAAUUAUGACAUCUCCUGAAUGCAAGACUAGUUAAUGUUUUAUAUCCAGCAAGCGAAGGACCUAUGGACUAUGCAAUGCUUUUUAUCCUGGCUUUUUUUUCUAGUCUGUGAAGAUAUUUUUAAACAGAGCAAAUAAAUCAAAGUUCAACUUUGGUGACGUAUUCUUUAAAUACUAAACACUUUAAAUGAAAAAUUCUUUUUUGUAUCACCCUGCAUCAUGCAGUUAUUGAACUUUGAUAAAUAAAGAGGGUAAAAUUUUUUUCUCCUUUUAUAUCAUUUGAUGAAAUGUGUUCAGUAAAUUUUUAAGUAUGGUCCAAGCUAAUUGUCAAUCGUUUGCUUCUGUUUUACAUUAUUUCUUUUGUACAUGCUGCAAUUCAAGCUGAUUUCAUAUGUCCAAAAAAACAUGAUAAAAACGAAUCAUUGAAACUCCUGUGCUGUAAAUUUCUAUUUCUUUCAUAAGUGCUCAUCAUAUUUUUGUAAAUGAAACUUCAGUAAAAUUAUUGCAAGAUUAA